GCUGGCUGCGCGGUGGCGGCGGCUGUGUGUGCGCCGCGCCUCGCCGCUCCCCCUCGGCCCCCCGAGCCCGGGGCGCGCGCUGCCGCCCGGGCCCCGCGGCGCCGCGGCCCGAGGCCCCGGGAAGCGCAGCCAUGGCCCUGCGGAGGCUGGGGGCCGCGCUGCUGCUGCUGCCGCUGCUCGCCGCUGUGGAAGAAACGCUGAUGGACUCAACCACAGCGACAGCGGAGCUGGGCUGGAUCGUGCAUCCUCCAUCAGGGUGGGAAGAGGUGAGUGGCUACGAUGAGAACAUGAACACGAUCCGCACGUACCAGGUGUGCAAUGUGUUUGAGUCGAGCCAGAACAACUGGCUACGGACCAAGUUCAUCCGGCGCCGCGGCGCCCACCGCAUCCACGUGGAGAUGAAGUUCUCGGUGCGUGACUGCAGCAGCAUCCCCAGCGUGCCCGGCUCCUGCAAGGAGACCUUCAACCUCUAUUACUAUGAGGCCGACUUUGACUCGGCCACCAAGACCUUCCCCAACUGGAUGGAGAAUCCAUGGGUGAAGGUGGACACCAUCGCGGCCGACGAGAGCUUCUCGCAGGUGGACCUGGGUGGCCGGGUCAUGAAGAUCAACACAGAGGUGCGGAGCUUUGGGCCUGUGUCCCGCAGCGGCUUCUACCUGGCCUUCCAGGACUAUGGUGGCUGUAUGUCCCUCAUCGCUGUGCGCGUCUUCUACCGCAAGUGCCCCCGCAUCAUCCAGAAUGGCGCCAUCUUCCAGGAGACCCUCUCGGGGGCCGAGAGCACCUCGCUCGUGGCCGCCCGGGGCAGCUGUAUCGCCAACGCCGAGGAGGUGGACGUGCCCAUCAAGCUCUACUGUAACGGGGACGGCGAGUGGUUGGUGCCCAUUGGCCGCUGCAUGUGCAAAGCGGGCUUCGAGGCGGUGGAGAAUGGCACGGUCUGCAGAGGUUGCCCAUCUGGAACCUUCAAGGCCAACCAAGGGGACGAGGCCUGCACGCACUGUCCCAUCAACAGCCGGACCACCUCAGAAGGGGCGACCAACUGUGUCUGCCGCAACGGCUACUACAGAGCAGACCUGGACCCCCUCGACAUGCCCUGCACAACCAUCCCCUCGGCGCCCCAGGCGGUGAUCUCCAGCGUCAACGAGACCUCGCUCAUGCUGGAGUGGAGCCCGCCCCGCGAUUCAGGGGGCCGCGAGGACCUGGUCUACAACAUCAUCUGCAAGAGCUGUGGCUCGGGCCGGGGCGCUUGCACCCGCUGCGGGGACAACGUGCAGUACGCGCCCCGCCAGCUGGGCCUGACCGAGCCGCGCAUUUACGUCAGCGACCUGCUGGCCCACACGCAGUACACCUUCGAGAUCCAGGCGGUGAACGGCGUCACCGACCAGAGCCCCUUCUCCCCUCAGUUCGCCUCCGUGAACAUCACCACCAACCAGGCGGCUCCCUCAGCCGUGUCCAUCAUGCACCAGGUGAGCCGCACUGUGGACAGCAUCACCCUGUCGUGGUCCCAGCCUGACCAGCCCAACGGUGUCAUCCUGGACUAUGAGCUGCAGUACUAUGAGAAGGAGCUCAGUGAGUACAACGCCACGGCCCUAAAAAGCCCCACCAACACGGUCACUGUGCAGGGCCUCAAAGCCGGCGCCAUCUAUGUCUUCCAGGUGCGGGCACGCACCGUGGCGGGCUACGGGCGCUACAGCGGCAAGAUGUACUUCCAGACCAUGACAGAAGCCGAGUACCAGACGAGCAUCCAGGAGAAGCUGCCACUCAUCAUCGGCUCCUCGGCGGCCGGCCUGGUCUUCCUCAUUGCUGUGGUUGUCAUUGCCAUUGUGUGCAACAGAAGACGGGGGUUUGAGCGUGCUGACUCGGAGUACACGGACAAGCUGCAGCACUACACCAGUGGCCACAUGACCCCAGGCAUGAAGAUCUACAUCGACCCUUUCACCUAUGAGGACCCCAAUGAGGCAGUGCGGGAGUUUGCCAAGGAAAUUGACAUCUCCUGUGUCAAAAUUGAGCAGGUGAUUGGAGCAGGGGAGUUCGGCGAGGUAUGCAGUGGCCACCUAAAACUACCAGGCAAGAGAGAGAUCUUUGUAGCCAUCAAGACACUCAAGUCAGGCUAUACUGAGAAGCAGCGCCGGGACUUCCUAAGCGAGGCCUCCAUCAUGGGCCAGUUUGACCACCCCAACGUCAUCCACCUGGAGGGUGUUGUCACCAAGAGCACGCCUGUGAUGAUCAUCACUGAGUUCAUGGAGAACGGCUCCCUGGACUCCUUCCUCCGGCAAAAUGAUGGGCAGUUCACAGUCAUCCAGCUGGUGGGCAUGCUGCGGGGCAUCGCAGCCGGCAUGAAGUACCUGGCAGACAUGAACUACGUCCACCGCGACCUGGCCGCUCGCAACAUCCUCGUCAACAGCAACCUGGUCUGCAAGGUGUCUGACUUUGGGCUCUCACGCUUUCUGGAGGAUGAUACCUCGGACCCCACCUACACCAGUGCACUGGGUGGGAAGAUCCCCAUCCGCUGGACGGCCCCGGAAGCCAUCCAGUACCGGAAGUUCACUUCAGCCAGUGAUGUGUGGAGCUAUGGUAUCGUCAUGUGGGAGGUGAUGUCCUACGGGGAACGACCCUACUGGGACAUGACCAACCAGGACGUAAUCAAUGCCAUCGAGCAGGACUAUCGGCUGCCGCCCCCCAUGGACUGCCCAAGCGCCCUGCACCAGCUCAUGCUGGACUGCUGGCAGAAGGACCGCAACCACCGGCCUAAGUUUGGCCAGAUCGUCAACACGCUGGACAAGAUGAUCCGAAACCCCAACAGCCUCAAAGCCAUGGCACCCCUCUCCUCUGGAAUCAACCUGCCGCUGCUGGACCGCACCAUCCCCGACUACACCAGCUUUAACACGGUGGACGAGUGGCUGGAGGCCAUCAAGAUGGGGCAGUACAAGGAGAGCUUCGCCAAUGCCGGCUUCACCUCCUUCGACGUUGUGUCACAGAUGAUGAUGGAGGACAUUCUCCGGGUUGGGGUCACCUUGGCUGGCCACCAGAAAAAAAUCCUGAACAGUAUCCAGGUGAUGCGGGCACAGAUGAACCAGAUCCAGUCUGUGGAGGUUUGACGUUCACCUGCCUCGGCUCACCUCUUCCUCCAGGCCCCCCGCCCCCUCCGCCCCACACGCCGGCCCCCUGGUUCUCCGUUCACGUCCACCGCAGGCUCAGCCACCUGCCAGGAGGCCACGGGCAGCAGGAAGAACCAAGCAGCGCUCCAGCCAUGAGAUGUCACCAGGAAUAUGUGCAACUCAGAUGAUGGAAAAAAGGGAACGGGGACAAAAGCAAACACAUCCUGGGAGGGGGCGGGAAAUACAAGGAAUAUUUUUUAAAGAGGAUUCUCAUAAGGAAAGCGAUCAUUGUUCUUAGGGGGGAAAAAAAAGGGCUUGGGAGAUCCACGCGAUUUGUCCCAAUCGGAGACCAAAAGCAGUUUCUCUCCAACUCCCUCUGGGAAGGCGACCUGGCCAGAGCCAAGAAACAAUUUCAGGAAAACCAAUGUGAAGGGGGAGACAGGGGCCACCCUUCUCUCCCGUCCCUGGGCUGCUCUUCCAGGCCUCACCCAGCAGCCACAUGCCAGGCAGACGGGGCAGGCGGGCGGACGGGCAGCCACCACGGGAGCCAUUCCCGCGGCCGCUGGGCAAACCGGAGAAUUUCUGUCUUUGGAGACUAUUUCAGAAACUCCGAUGAAAAAGACUCGUUUCUCCUGUCAGCUCAUGGGGCUGAAAGGGGGCUUUUGUCCUCCUCAGUCAGGGAGACCGUGGGGACACCGGAAAGGUCAGCCUUCCUGAGGAUGACCAGCCCCCCCAAGACUGCAGCGCCACAUCCCUGUCGCACACGUGUGGUGCCCGGCAGCCCCCGCCUGGAGGCCUGUCGCAGGGUGACUGCCAUCAGCUAUGACUGCCACUGAGAAGGAUUGCUCCUGCAUUUGGGUUUGUUUACAGCAAUUCGUGGACUCGGGGGUAUUUUGGUCAGGGGUGGAUUUGGUUUGGGGGGUUUGUUUGUUGGGGUUUUUUUUUAUGACAAUGAAGUGACACUUUGACAUUUCCUACCUUUUGAGGACUUGAUCCUUCUCCCAGAAGAAGGUGCUUUCUGCUUACUGACUUAGGCAAUACACCAAGGGCGAAAUUUUAUAUGCACAUUUCUGGAUUUUUUAUAUGGUUUUCAUUGACACUCUUCCCUCCUCCCCCUGCAGAGAGAUUCCCCGCCCCCCCCCCCACUGCCAGGCCUCACCAAAUCCAACUGCCACAGGGCCCAUCUGGGCCAUUCAGAGACUGAGUGAGGUUUGGGAGGAUGAGGGGCCAGGGUGGAGGAGCCCCCAACCCAGGACUGCUUUUGAAAGCACCAGAUUGAGAAGGAAGCAGGCCCUAGGGCUGCAGAACCACACACCUUGUCCCUUCUCCACCCUCCUUGCCCAGUGCUUCCCAGGCAAAUAGGCCCCCUUGGAGUUUCCCGAGUGCCCUCAGAUGGCCAGAACCCAGUUUCGCCUCUGGGAGCCUAAGCCAGGCUCUGGAUCAUUCACUGUGAUAGCCCAGCCCUGCAGAGUGUCACCCUCAGAGACAUGCGCAGACGCUCCUUUCCUCUACCAGGGGAAAGUGUAUGGUUUCUCUCCGACCCCUUUCCCCCCCACCCCCCACAACUUUGCCCAAGUCUCAAGGUCUUAGCCCCAGGGCGGGGGGGAGGGGCAGGAAUCCAUCAGCCGUGGGGUCUGGCCACACACUCCCUCCUAUGAGCAAACAAGCAGGCAUGUGAGCAGAACAAUCGGUUAGUGACCUGAAUGGAAAUAAACACUUUAGUUAUAAAAUGA